CAUACUAAACGACGCAUUUAAAUUUGCCGGUUAAUUAAUUUCUGAAUAUAUACGUUUAUUUUUUCAUUGUUUUAAUUUACUAAAACCAAACAACUGUUGAUGUAAACUUUAUAUGAUAUUUGAGAAUAUAAUUAGUAAAUAAAUAAAAAUAUUACCAAAUAAUGCCUUCAACAUGUGAAUUUAAUUUGAACAAACCUAAUGCAGUUUAUCAAAGUGGCGAAACAGUAUGCGGUGCAAUUCUUCUAAAUACUACCACUCCCAAAGAUGUCAAAGAUAUAUGCAUAACAUUAUACGGCAAGGCGAAAGUUAGUUGGAAAAUAACUAGAAGACAAGGAAAAGUUAAUUACACUAUACAUUAUAAAUCCAAGGAAUUGUACAUUGAUAAUACUACAACUGUUCAUGGUGAGGGAACAUUACCCGCUGGAACUCAUACAUACAAUUUUCAAAUAGCUCUACCAUUUGAAUGUGCCUCCUCGUGUGAAGGUCGCUAUGGUUACAUACGUUAUACACUAACGCUCAAACUUAAUAGACCCUAUCGUUUCGAUAAUAUAUUCAAUAAAGAGUUGACAGUUGUUAAGCCACAAGAUUUAAAUUUAAGUCCAGCUUUAAGGAUACCCGUUGAAACUGAGGAGAUUUUUAAUUCCUGCUUAUGGUUUUGCUCGAACGGUAGCAUUAAUGUAAAACUUACAUUACCCUUUGGUGGCUAUGCCAUAGGUCAAAUUGCAAAGUAUUCGAUACAUAUAGAAAAUCAAUCAAUGAUCGAUAUUAAUGGUUACACCAUAGAAUUUAUACGUAAAAUUACCUUUACUGCUCAUAAACCCAAACUCAAGACUCGUAACGAUGAGACAACUAUAUAUGAGAAAUCCUAUGAUAUAAAAUGUUUACGUUUGACUACGCGUAUUUUUGAUGGCACAUUUCCAAUAGGUUCUACAACUCCUUCCACUCCAGGUGAGAAUAUUAUUAAGGUUCAAUAUCUACUAAAGAUGACUUUAAAUAUGGCGGGCUGUAAUAAGGAUAAGAGUUUACACACACCCAUAUUAAUUGGUACUAUACCAAUGAGAGAGAAUGCGAUGGAAAAUUAUCCCACAGCACCUACUCUAACUUUGGAUGAUCAAACAAGGGAUGAUUUACCACCAAGUUAUCAGGAUUUGGGUCCGCCUUCUCACGAAAAAUGUUCGCAGUAAUUUUCGCUUUUUUGUAAAAAUCGUUUAAAUUAUAAUUUUUUAUACCUCAAAUAUACUUUAGAAAUAUUUAUAAAUUAAGUAAUAAUAUUCUAAUCGCUAAUUUGUAAGUACAUUUUUAUGUUUUUUUUUUCUUCAAAAUAAACAUUAUUUUAUAAAUGAA